GCAACAUUGUAAAAAUCAUGAGUACGGUCCGACCCGAUCAAAGACAAGCAGCUGCGGAGUCGAUACUGAUGGAGGGCAAUGCGAGAUUGGAUCACCCUGCGCAUGGAUGUCUAGGCAUCAUUCGGAACCUCCACAGUCUCCUGGAAAUUUAUGAAUCCGAGCUCGCUGCUGUGAACCAACAGCUAGCUGUCUUCAAGGCAAGCUCGUCUUCAACACCACAGCCAUCGCAGCCUGAAAUUGACCCCCUUGUUGCCAAAAUGUUUAAUGAGGGAGACAAUUCCCGCUGGGUGAAUUUGGAAGCAGAUGCAACCAUCAACAGUGUUCCAUCUGACUCCAGAGGAAAGCAGCCUGUCAGGCCUGAUGAGGAAGCAAGGGACGAUGAAGCUGAUGAUAUCUUUAUGGAAAGUGAUUAAAGAUUGAGGAUAUCAAUAGGAAAAUAAAUCAUGCUAAUGUUUUUAUGGUUAUGUUUCAAGAUAAAUCUGAUUAGCCUCC